GCAGCGCAGCGCAGUCGCCGCCGCCCGUGGCUCGACUCGGCUCGUUGUGGCGCCUGCAUUGGGGGUACGAGUAUAAAACAGAUGGGUCGCCAGCCUGUGGUUAUCAGUCAGCGGCAGGCAUUGAAAGUGCUUCGGUUUUCGCCAUUACAGUAGUAUUUCCAUUGAAGAAGAGUUUGUGAUUUUGUUUGACCAAAUAUGUCCGUCCUGAAAGUAUUCAUCAUUUUCGCCCUAUUGGCAGUGGCUUGCUGUGCGCCCAGCCCAGGCUUCUUCGGCAAACAUGAACAUCACACGAUCCACGUUCCAUACAAGGUCCACACGGUGCACCACCAUCAUGUCCAGAAGAUCCAUGUGCCUGUGGUGAAGCACGUGCCCAUUUACAAGGAGGUUCCUGUGCACCACGUCCACCACGAGGAGAUCCCAGUGCCCGUUCAUCACGUCCACCACGAGGAGGUGCCAGUCCAUCAUGUCUACGAAGAUCACCACGAUUACCACGGACACCAUGGACACGGCUGGAUCUAGGGCGUACAUACAUAUGUAUGGAAACAUACAAAGAAACCCCCAACCCAACCAAACUCAGCCCAACCCUCCUGCCUGUAAAUACUGUACAAUUCCUAAGUUAAUGAUUGUAAAUAAACUGAAUUCGAUUGUAU